GCCACGAUAGACAUUGGCGACAGCCUACCAAGCCUCACGCUCAAAAACGAGAAGGGCGAGGAUGUUCAGGUCGAAAACCUGGCGUCGGAGAAGGGCGUUAUCCUCUUCUUGGUGCCCAAGGCAGAUACCCCUGGGUGCACAAACCAAGCUUGUGGCUUCCGCGAUAUUUACCCUGAUUUCACUUCAUUAAACUACGAUGUCUACUGCUUGAGCGCAGACACCCCUGCUGCACAGACAAAGUGGCAGACGAAGAAAGAGCUUCCGUAUCCCCUGCUGUCUGACCCGAAGAGGUUACUGAUUUCUGCCUUGGGCGCAGGCGAAGGCGGGAAGACUAAGAGGAGCCAUUUUAUCUUUGAGCAAGGGGGCAAACUGGUAGAUAAGAAAAUCCCAGUAAAACCUGCUGAUAGUCCCAAACUUGCUCUUGACUUUAUCAAGAGUCUUCAAUGAGCAUCACUGUCUUAUCUAUCCUGUGUACAAUCAAUUUUCCUACUUUCUUUC